UGUGCCGCCAUGGAGGGUUACAAUGCAGUGAUAUUCGCCUACGGGCAAACUGCCAGUGGAAAGACAUUUACCCUUUCGGGAAAUGAAGAUCAGCCCGGUAUCAUUCCUCGUGCUAUGAAGGACGUCUUUGCUCACAUCCGUCGCACGUCCACACGUGAAUAUCUCCUUCGCUGCUCCUACCUCGAGAUAUACAACGAAACCAUUUAUGAUCUGCUCGCGCCACCUUCCGUGGCCGCAACACAGCCUGUACAACUAAUUGGACAGGGCAUAUUGUCUCCGCUAAGAGAAGAGGUAGUCACCAGCUUGAAGAGCGUACGGGAGGUGAUGGAGAGAGGUGAAAGACAUCGAAGAACCGCCAGCACGGACUGGAAUGAGAGAAGUAGCAGAAGUCACAGCGUGUUCAGGCUUGUGAUUGAGAGCAGGGAAAGAGGCGAGGGCAAGCCAGAGGCAAGCGGGCGACAAACCCCGGGCUUGCGACCACCUACUCCUGGCGGAACGCGGUUACAGACGAUCGGCGGCCGGAGUGUUCAGAUGUCUGUUCUGAGUUUGAUUGAUUUGGCGGGCUCGGAAAAAGCAACUUCAGACAAGGAGCGCACACGGGAAGGCAAAUACAUUAACACAAGCUUGCUCACCUUAGGAAGCGUCAUCGGCACAUUAGCGGAGAACGCCGCAAAGAAUAAAACCGACCACGUACCGUACCGCAACUCCAAACUUACCCGUCUACUCCAACCCUCCCUCUCGGGUGAUGCACGCAUCAGUGUCGUCUGUACCGUCAACCCAGACGCCAAUGCUGUUACGGAGACGACUAGUACUCUCGGGUUCGCCGCACGAAUCAAGCGCGUGCAAUUACAUGCGAAGAAGAAGGAGGUCGUAGACACAGAAGCCCUUAUCGAGCGGUACCGCAAGGAGAUCGAAGAAUUGAAGCAGAAGCUUGCGGAACGUGAAGCAGAGGCACCAGCCCGGAACAGAAGACUGAGCGCAAGAGAACAAGUCGACGAAUCAAAGGCAAUGAGGGAUCUUAAUUCGAGGAUACAGCAACUUACCAAACUCAUCCUGACGAGCCAAUCCGUCGACGAGAACAAGGGAGAUGAAUCGAGGCCAGCAAGCCCUUCCAAAGUUGAUUUCGACAUGUCACCUUACCAGCUCCAGCAAGAGCUUCUAGCCACACGUCGGCAGAUCGAAUCUCAAUCGAACCAGAUCUUGUCUCUGGAGGCAGCCCUGCUGGCGCGUCCUGAAAUCUCACCGGACGCACCUGAAUCUGAAAAGGACAAGCUUAUCGCCGAACAGCAGAAGACGAUCAGAGAGCUCGAGAUCGUCGUUCGCGGGUACGAAGAUAACCUAGGAGAGCCCCUCCGACAAGUCAAGGAAGACGUUGAGCGGGAGUGGGGCGAGCGCCUGCAAGCCGAGGUGCAAAAACGAGAAGAAAAGGAGGCGUGGGCGACGGAAUUGGUGCGUCAACUGGAGAAAGAGAAACGAGCGCGUACAAAGUUGGAGGAGGAACGACGUGCAUUGGCAGCAUUCGUCAGCAAAUUCGAUUCCCUAGGCUUGGGUGCCGGAAGCAACCUGAGUUCGAAGCUGAAGCCUGCGAAACCCACCCCGGGCGGCGCAACGACAGCCUUUGUUGAACGUCAACAGAACCGACACAGUAUGAACCUCAACACUACUACCAUCCUGGAAGAAUCGCCGAUGAGGAUGGAUGUGAAGAAUCAGCCGAGGUUGCUGGAUCAAACGCCGGAAGAGGAUUGGAGCAUUGUAGAAGAUGCGAGCUUUGAGGUAGAAGCUAGCAAGCUAAAGGUUGGGGGGAAGAGAGCUGAGAGUCCCUUGAAAGAGGUAUUUGGACGAAAGGAGAAUAUACCACUGUAGGGUAUAGUUAUGAGAUUAAUAUUCUGUGUCUGUACGCAUGUUUGUCUACUGCUUUGCUUUGUGUUGCCUAUGAUAUCCAAG